CUCUUCAAAAUAUAACCACUAGAAAUCGAUCAUCUACAAUUACUUCCCUAGAUCAUUAAUAAAUAAAUUUUCAACGGAAGUGGUUACACCCUUUCCUAUACAUAAACAACCUUAUACUUAGUCCCAUUUCCAAAAACACAAACAAAAACCAUCUCAAAAUGAGAGAAGAACCUUUCUUCUUCCAUUGCCGUUUCUUGGCCUCUUGUUUCAUCUUCUUCCUCGUCCUUCUUCCUCAAGCUUUCACUUACAAUACUCUUCCCAUCAACCCAUGCUCCGUUCAUGGUCCUCAUUGGCCUCCUCCGAUCGCAAACCCUAGGCUCUUAAAAGCUUACACAGCCCUUCAAGCAUGGAAACACACUAUGACUUCAGACCCAAAUGGCUUCACUUCUAAUUGGUGCGGUCCUAAUGUUUGUAACUACACGGGUGUGUUCUGUGCACAGGCUUUAGACAACCCUUACGUCUUAACCGUAGCCGGUAUAGACUUAAACCGGGCCAACAUCGCCGGUUAUCUCCCGCUAGAGCUCGGUCUCUUAACCGAUCUCGCCUUAUUCCAUAUCAAUUCCAACCGUUUUGAAGGUCAACUCCCUAAAUCUCUAAACUGUCUCAAGCUUCUUCACGAGCUUGACGUCAGCAACAAUAAACUCUCCGGCGAGUUCCCUUCCGUCAUCUUCUCUUUGCCUUCUUUGAAGUUUCUUGACAUUAGGUUUAAUGAGUUGUACGGCGAUGUUCCUAGCCAACUCUUUGACCUAAACCUUGACGCUCUCUUCAUUAACAACAAUAAGUUCCGGUUUAGGCUACCGAAAAACAUCGGAAACUCUCAGGUUUCGGUUCUUGUCUUAGCCAACAACGAUCUCCAAGGAUCUUGUCUACCUCCGAGUUUCUACAACAUGGGGAAAACGUUGCACGAGGUUAUUCUCACGAAUAGUCAGAUUGGCGGUUGUUUAAACCGGGAAGUCGGUUUGCUAAACCAGCUGACGGUUUUUGACGUGAGUUUCAACAACUUGGUGGGUUCGUUGCCGGAAACUAUGGGUGAUAUGAAGAGUUUAGAACAGUUAAACAUCGCAAAUAACAAAUUCUCCGGCCAUAUUCCGGAGAGCAUCUGCCGGUUACCGAAUCUUGAGAACUUUACUUACUCGUAUAACUUCUUCUCCGGCGAGCCACCGGUUUGUCUGAGGCUUCAGGAGUUUGAUGAUCGUAAAAACUGUUUACCUUUAAGACCAAUGCAACGGUCUCCCGCGGAAUGUAAAUCUUUUUCUUCUUAUCCUAUAAAUUGUGCUUCUUUCGGCUGCUCUCCGCCUAGUCCACCUCCUCCACCGCCUAGUCCACCUCCUCCUCCUCCACCUUCACCGCCACCACCACCAUAUGUGUAUCCGUCGCCUCCACCGCCACCAUAUGUGUAUCCUUCACCACCGUGUACUCUUCCAACACCGGUGCAUUACUAAGGUUUCUGUUGAUAGUAUGUGAUCCAACAGUUGGAACUCCCAUCUGUUUAGCUAUUGUGUUCUACGUUAUGUAACGCUAGUAGUGUUCACUUUAAAUUGUUCUUGUCUCACUAUGUAUUUUCUUUGAAUUUUUUUUUUAAUUGAAUGAGUAAAUGUUUGUAUGA